CGCAUGCUCGGGGGGUCACCUUCUGGGACACGGCGGACGUGUACGCCGACAACGAAGACAUUCUCGCGCGGUAGGUACAGUACAGCCAGCGGUGUUGAACGAGGACCAAGAAAAGAAAAACCCCUCUCCGCCCCAUCUUCCACAGAAACCCUGCUAACCACACGAGCGACCCAAAGCUGGUUCCAACGCAGCGGCAGGCGGCAGGAUAUCUUCCUGGCCACCAAGUUCGGCAUCCAACAGCGGCCGGGACUCCCGUCCAGCAUCCACAAUGAGCCGGGGUACGUGCGCGAGGCGUGCCUGCGCAGCCGCGCCCGGCUGGGUCUCGCCGACGGCGAUGCGAUCGAUCUCUACUACUGCCACCGCAUCGACCCGGAGCAGCCGAUUGAAGUGACGAUGCGCGCGAUGAAGCAGCUCGUCGACGACGGGCUGGUCAAGCACCUGGGGCUGAGCGAGUGCUCCGCGGCGACGCUACGGCGCGCGCACCGCGUCCACCCCGUCGCCGCGGUGCAGGUGGAGGUCUCGCCCUUCGCGGUGGACGCCUUCCACAACGGCCUUCUGCGCGCCUGCGAGGAGCUCGGGGUCGCGGUCGUGCCCUACUCGCCCUUCAGCCGCGGGUUCCUCACGGGGAAGAUCCGCAGCCCCGACGAUUUCGACGCGACCGACCGUCGCCGCAUCCUGCCGCGGUUCUCGGCGGAGAACUUCCCCAAGAACCUGGCGCUGGUCGACCGGCUGCAGGCGCUGGCGGCGCAGAAGAAGUGCACCGUCGGCCAGCUGAGCCUGGCGUGGCUUGGCGCUUCGGUCAAAAUGGUCGUUCCCAUCCCGGGGACGACGAGGAUUCGGAACUUGGAAGAGAACGUGGGGAGCUUGGACGUUCAAUUGAGCCCGAAGGAGCUGGAAGAGAUUAAUGCGGUGAUCCAGGCCGCUGAGGUGCAAGGCGACCGUCAUCCAAGCAGUAUGAUGCCGUAUCUUUACGUCGAUACGGUUGCUCUGAGCGAGUAGCUGUGCAACUCUUGGG